UAUAAAACUUAAAUUGAAAGAUACCUACCUACCUAGGGUGAUCAAAUAGUAUUGGUGGUUUAUUGAAAUGGAGCUAGCUACUAAUAGUAGUCAUGUAUCUGUUUACAAGCCAACUCUUUGGAGUCCUGAUUUGCUCUUUACAACACUGUCAACGAAAUGGGUUAUGAGACCUUAAUUACACAUGGUGGAAAAAACAUCAUACCAAUCCUUUCUAAAGUGUGGGGAGAAUUAGUAGAAGCAUUCCUUGUAGAAGCAACAUGGGCUCAUGGAAAUUGCAUACCAUCCUUGGAAGAUUAUCUCGAUAACGCAUGGAGAUCAGCUUCAGGAGUGGUUAUACUUAUGGCUACUUUUUAAUGAAUCAUGGCGGUUUCGGAAAAGAUGCAAUUGAAUCGUCCUUGGAAAAGUGUCGUGAUCUUUAUAAAUGGUCAUCAAUGCUUUUUCGACUCUACAAUGAUUUGGCUAUUUCAUCGGAUGAGAUAGACAAAGGUGGAAAUGCGAAUGCAAUAUUAUGUUACAAGCAUCAAUAUGGUGUUUGUGAGGAAGUUGCGCGCGGAUAUAUAAAAACUCUAGUUGACGAAACAUGGAGGAAACUGAUCGAAGCACGAAUAAUUGCUUGUUCUACUGAAGAAGAUUUCGAAGAUUCAUUGACCGAUAUGGCGAUUAACCUUGCUAGAAUUUCAAACUGUGUUUUUGAAUAUGGAGACGGCAUUAAAGAACCAGAUGAGGCUAGAGCCAUGGAUCAGAUAUUGUCCAUCAUUAUUGAGCCGAUUAAUUAGUGUUCGUUAUGGAAAAGUACUACUCGUACUUCCGAUCCUUAACCUAGCUAUAAUAUUAUUAUAUUGGAUUUAAUCCAUUUAUUAUAAGUCAGUGAUAUAUAACUUGUAAGUGAAAAUAAUAUUCACUGUAACUCCGUGAAUGUUACUGUAUUGGAUGAAUAAUAUUGUAAGGUUUCAACAAUGAAGAUAUAUAAUCAGUUCUUCUAAUAA